AUGUCUUUUGGCCCCGGCGCAAAAACGGGCUUCUCCGUGCGGGACAUCCUGGACCUCCCGAACCCGAGCGGGAGAUGCGGCUCCGGGACCGAGGAGACCGAGGAGGACGACACCGAGGAGGCCUCCGCGGAGGCUGCGGCGGCGGGAGGCGCGCAGAAAUUGGGAUUUAGCGGCCGGAGUUUCUGCGAGCGCGGCGGCGGAAGUUACGGCAGGUGGAGCCGCGGAUCCGGUAACCUGCACUUCUCAUAGCCCCGCAUCGAGCCCAAAUCUCCCGAGCUCUCCACGGACGAGUCCCCGGACGCGGAGCGGGAUCUGGCGGGCGGCGCGGCGCAGAAGAGCCGCGGCAGGAAGCGGCGGGUGCUCUUCUCCAAGGCGCAGACCUUCGAGCUGGAGCGCCGCUUCCGGCAGCAGCGCUACCUGUCCGCCCCGGAGAGGGAGCACCUGGCCGGGCUCAUCCGCCUCACCCCGAACCAGGUGAAGAUCUGGUUCCAGAACCACCGCUACAAGAUGAAGCGGGCCCGGGUGGAGCACAGCCUGGAGGCGCUGCAGCUGCUGCCCGCCCGCAGGGUGGCCAUCCCGGUCCUGGUGCGGGACGGGAAACCGUGCGACCGGAUCACGGCGCAGGACCUGGAGGCGACGCUCAGGUCCGGCCUGAGCCUGCCUCUGUGUGCGUACUCUCCGCUGCUGCACCCCGCCUACGGCCCGGACCACCCCGGCCUGCCCCAGCAGCACCCAGGGGUGCAGCAGCUGGCGCACAUGUACCACUGGAGCUGGUGAAGCGAAACUCUCACUGAAGGGGCUCAGUCCCGAAAACACAAAUGCAUCUUAUGAACUCGAGUUCGGCUUUAAAAUGACAGCUUACACUCUCCUGAAAUAUAAAUACUUCUAUUUGCAAAGUGAGACAAGUCCAUCUUUUCUGAAUGAGGUUUGGUACAAAUAUCUGAAAAUUUGUGUUCCCUUGAAAAAAAAAAAAGUAAUUUUCCAGAAAGGAUGAGAGUCUUGGAACAAAGCGGAAUCAGUUAUGUCAAGUCAGAAAAUAUAAAACGAAGUGAAGCGACCGCACAAGUUGCUGAAACUUCCUGUUUAAUUAUUCGAGCGGUUAUCUCGUGUAACGGCGAACUUCUCUCACAGUGUGUCAGCCUCACACAGCUCGGUUCAGAUAACGGUAAACCUCCUGUCACCCGUCCGGACGCGCAACACGUCUAAAACUACACGGUAAAAAUAUGUGAAUGUAAAACAAAAAAAAAAAAGAAAGAAAAGAAAGAAAG